AUGCCAGAAGGGCCAUUCUGCAUUGUGUACAUGCAUAGUACGGUGCAGAAGGAAGACAACUCCCCUGGCAUGACCAUCUUGAGGUGGAUCUAUGAAGAUCUUCCCUCCGAUUAUAAGGACAGGCUUCAGAUUGUGUACUUUAUUCAUCCUGGCCUUCGCUCAAGGCUUGUAUUUGCAACUCUUGGACGAUUGCUUCUAAGCGGAGGCUUAUAUUGGAAAAUCAAGUAUGUAAGCCGUUUGCAGUACCUUUGGGAAGAUAUAAAGAAAGGAGAUAUUGAGAUCCCUGAAUUUGUUCAAAAUCAUGAUGAUAUCUUGGAGCACAGGCCACUAACAGAUUAUGGGAUCGAACCAGAUCCUCUCCACUUAACAGGGAUUCCCACCACAGUCUACUCAUUUGGAAGGUAUGAAGAGCGAUGGACUUCCAGGGAAUCAACAGGCUUUUAG